AUGUUGAUGAUUUUAUUCCCGAGGAGCGUGACGCAUCUCAUUCCCCCAGAUCUUACGCGACGACCUCGGGACAAGCGGCUUGAAGCUUCGUGGACGUCCAAUCAACACCGUGCUUGGCUUCGAGCCAACCGCGAAGAUGAAUUUCGUGCCAUGCACAUUGUUGCUCUUAUCGAAGGCGUCGAGCGUGUACUUUGCUCUCUUCGAUUCUACAAGGAGACUGGAUUAUUCUGUGCUACACCAGGGUUUUCGGCACCAAUCGUCGAUCCAGAAAAUGACCCAGAUCUACUUAUCAAAGGCCCCAAGCUGUCGACGUACCAUAUAUCGACUCCUGGCGGCUCACUCUAUGAGUAUGUGCUAGACAGCAUGCAUGACCUUCUUCCGCUUGCUUCUUCCGAAGACCAAAGACUUUCUCGAGACAUUCGCUUGCAAGAGGAGAAGCGCGACUUUGCGGAGGUGUCUCGAUGGCAGCUACUGAGUCAGGAUCCAAAGCGUGGCAAAACCCGUAAUGCGUUACAUCAGCGGUCCGAGUAUCCUGGGUGUUUGACUUCCGUAGCGUUUGGGUGGCAUCAGCACUUCAAUCUGAAACUUGUUAAGGAUGAAGCAUUAAAUGGCGCAGACGAGGGGGAUGACGACAUUGUUCCGUGUCCAGUCCUCCACUUAAGCGUGUAUUCUCGAGAUUCGUGGCGAAGGAAAAGAACACAAGGCCAUGGUGAGAUAAAACUAGGGAAUUGCUCCGGAUUUUACGAUUCCGACGUUCCUAUUCGCAAACCGAUUACCUCCAUUAGUGACCAGAUGGAAGAACUCUUUCUGGGCAUCGAUGAAAGUAUUGAAGAUGUCGAGCUCACAAGAGGUCAAUUGCGGGAGGUUAAUACCGACGAUUCUCCUUUAUCCACCAUGAUUACGAGUCGACUAGGACAGAAAUCGGAAUCCACUGGCACAACGGUUCGAGUUCGCUGCAACAUCGUCGACCUACAGCCAUCGAAGCAUCCUAGUAUUGGACGGCUAUCGUCCGCACCAAUGGCUACAUCCGUAACAAAUACUCGCAUUGUAAAGCGAAGCGUCCAAGAAAUCCUGCAAUCGGUUAAGUUAGAGAAACGACUAGCAAGCAUAACAGACCCCCGUAUUCAGGCGGCACUGCGCUCACUACCAAUAGACAAAGGUGAUCUUGUUUAG